CGCAUGCGCACAUUAUAUUACUUCCGCGUCAAACUGCAAAAAUUACUCGAAAUGAAUUGGAAUGGCAGAUUGCUGGAUUAAAAUAAUUUUGUCCGUUGCUCUGUUUAAUUCAGACCGUCUCCGCCACGGCGCGUUUAUGGUUAAAGCACCGGAAUGGCGGAAUAAGAAGGAAUAAUACGAGUUUUGUCUCAGAGAUGUAGCUAGCACGCUAAGGAGCUAGCACAGCCAGCAGAAGCAUCAUCAGGUGCUGAAGAUACAGACAGUAGUUUUGGAGGUGGCACACAUCUACAAAUGUAUCUUCUCUACACAAUUCUCGCUUCUUUGGGAUUUUUUUUCGUUUUGAAAUGGAUGAAAAAGCGGAACUAUUGCACCGACCUGAAAAGACUUGAUGGCAAAACAGUUCUUAUUACAGGUGGGAAUUCUGGCGUUGGCAAGGACACAGCUGUUUCCAUGGCAAUGAGAGGAGCCCGCGUCAUUAUCGCUUGCAGAGACCUGGACAAGGCAGAGAAGGCUGUGAGGGAGAUCAAGUUUAAAAGCCACAGUCUGAAUGUCUUUCACAUGGAGCUGGAUCUGGCCAACCUGCGCUCUGUGAGGGAAUUCUGUAAGAACUUUAUCCAGAGGGAGAAGAGGCUGGACAUCCUGAUCAAUAAUGCAGCGAUGCCCGGCGUCCUUGACUGUACAGACGACAACUUCAGCAUGUGUUUUGGCGUCAACCACUUGGGCCACUUCCUUCUAACCAACCUGCUUCUGCCUCGGCUGAGGGAAUGUGCUCCCAGCCGAGUGGUGACCCUCACAUGCUCCAGCUACAAAUACCAGAAGCUGGACUUCCAGGACCUCAACUACAACCUGCUGCCCUUCUUCACCUACUGCCGCAGCAAGCUGGCCAACAUCUACUUCAGUCAGGAACUGGCCCGCAUCACUGAAGGGAAAGGAGUGACGUCCUAUGCUGUGCACCCUGGUUUCGUCCAGAGCGGCUGGACCUGCCAUUACUCGGUCCUGUUCCGGAUGCUGAUGCAGGUGAUAAUGUGGAUGUUUUUUGUGUCAUCUGAGAUUGGAGCUCAGACUGUCAUCUACUGCGCUGUGUCAGAUGAAGCUGCCAAACACAGCGGGGGUUACUUCGUCGACUGCCGACCCGCCACUCUGCGUCCUUUUGCAAGAGACGCUGGUGUGGCCAAAAAACUGUGGGAGGCCAGUGAGAGGCUGGUUAAACUGGUUUAAUCAUCUCCAUCCUGGUGGCCCCAGUAUCAGGAACAAGCUGCAUCUGUUACUGAAGCUACCUGCUGCUACUUCACAAGAUUUCUGAGUGUUGCACAUUUAGUGGAGACUCAGCCUAGUUCUACUGGAUUAAAAUGAAUGUAGCGUUCAUUGUGCUUCAUUUGUUUUCAAUUAAAUCUGGUAGAAUUGCAGUUUUAAAAAAAUUACAACUGAUUCAGUAACAGCACUGUGGAUUGACUCUUUGUUAUGAGGUUGUUAUAAAACUUCUCCCCUUUUAUUUAUAUAUUGAUGUAAACUUUUGCUAUCUUGUGUUUUUCAUGAAUAUCUGUGUUGUUUAAAAUACAGAUUGAAAUAUUUCAUUGAUGCAUUUGUGUAUUUUAAGGGAAAUGCUUUUUUUUUUUACCAACACAACUUAAUUUUGUUUGCAUGAAUGAAAGAGUUACUAAAAGACUACAAGACGACAGUAUUUGUUGCUUUUUGUGGAGAAUACAUUGUUAUUUAAUGAAGCAAUGACUUAAUGUUCCAAACACUAGAGCUGGAAAACACAUAAAUUGAAUACAUGUUGUGUUACAUGUUUGAGGCAAUAAUCACUGCAAAUUUAAGUUGUAACCUUUGAAUUUCUAUGUUCAGACAUUUGCUUGUAACAUCAAUGCAUUUUGUUUUAUAUAUUUUUUGUGUGUUUUUUACACCAACAGUAUUUAUUCCUGGUUAGUUACCAUUACAAUUAGUUGAUAAAUCAAAUAGCACCCUCUGCUGGUGAGAAAAUGAGAUCUCAGCUGUUGACCAUUUAUUUACAAGGAAGUGAAAUGAAAUUGAAAGUUCAGUUUGACAUUGUUGAACGGAGGUGAAACAGCAUUACGGAAUAUCUCAACUGAAAACAUGAACUAGAAAGACUGUAAACUGCAAUUCUACAACACUGGUGUUUGGUGAAUCUGACUGUUGAAGGAGAAUUCAUUCAAACACCAGCAUCUAAAGGAGACACGAUCAGCUGGCAGCUUUAUUUAAACCAGCUCCACCCACAAGACAAGGAAACAAAGCUGAGACGUCUUUACAUGAAACUGUGGGAUCUGUACUGAAGAACACUAACUAGGAGGACUGGAAGUCAAAGGGACUGUGUUUUGGUGAGUCUUGUUAUUGAAAAGAAAUCUGGAAAUCAGUGGAAAUGGCUGAGAAAGUUGCUGUUCUUGAAAGUUACCUGAGUUGCCACGUGUGUUCAGAGACUUUCAGAGAUCCUGUAUCUCUGAGCUGCAACCACAGUUUCUGUUCAAGCUGCCUGCAGAAAUUCUGGGAACAAGCUAAAAACAAGAACUGCCCGAUUUGUAAAAGGAAAUCCUCUAAAGCUGAUCCAUCCAUCAACUUCUCACUCAAAGAACUGGCUGACUCCUUUGCUAAGAGGCAGAGUAACAGUUCAGCUGAAAUGGAAAAAGAAGAGCAGAAAGAGAAGUAGGAGGUGGUGUGUAGUAAACAUCCAGAAGAACCGAAAUUGUUUUGUAAAGAUGAAGAUAGAGCUAUUUGUACUGUCUGUGAGUUUUCUGUCCACCAGAAUCACAAAGUGGUUCCUAUAGAACAAGCAGUCAGUGACCUGAAGGACCAGCUGAAAUGUGACUUAAAGUCUCUGCAGGACAAGACGGACAAAUACAAACAAGUGGAGAAAAAAUACAGUGAAAUGAGAGAACACACCAAGAAGCAGCUGUUGUCCACAGAGAGGCAGAUCAGAGCAGAGUUCUACAAGCUCCAGCAGUUCCUGAAAGAGGAAGAGGAGUCCAGACUGGCAGCUCUGAGGGAGGAAGAGGAGCACAAGGGGAAGACUAUCAGCAGAGAGAUGAAGAGGAUUCAGGAGCAGAUCUCCUCUCUGUCAGACAGCAUCUGUGCUGUUGAAGAAGAGCUGCAGAAACACAAGGUGGCGUUCCUCAGCACUUAUAAAGACACUCAGACCAGAGCCAGAGCCCAGAGCUCACUGUCAGAUCCACAGCUGCUCUCAGGAGCACUGAUAGAUGUGGCCAAACACCUGGGCAACCUGUCCUUCAGAGUCUGGGAGAAGAUGAAGGAGAAGGUCCACUUCAGUCCUGUCAUUCUGGACCCAAACACUGCAUUCCCCUGUCUCUAUCUGUCUGAUGAUCUGACCAGUGUGAGAUGUGGAGAUACAAAGCAGCAGCUUCCUGAUAAUCCAGAGAGAAACACUAAGUAUCCUCAAGUUCUGGGCUCCGAGGGCUUCAGUUCAGGGAAACACAGCUGGGAGGUGGAGGUGGGAGAUCAUCCUUACUGGAUUGUGGGUUUGGCUAAAGAGUCAGUUGACAGGAAGGGAGAGAAAUGUGUUUCACCAAAAUAUGGAAUCUGGUCUUUAGUGUAUCGCAGUGGAAAAUACACUAAUGGUGUUGGUCAGACUGUCAGUGUGAAGAAGAGUCUCCAGAGGAUCAGAGUCCAGCUGGACUAUGACAGGGGGGAGGUGUCCUUCUACCACCCUGAAGACAUGACUCACAUCUACACUCACAGACACACUUUCACUGACAAACUCUUCCCAUAUUUACUUAUUGGACAGUCUGGUGAUGCCAAAACUACCGAUAUCAAAAUCUGUCCCUCUGAGAUUUGUCUGUGAUGAUCAGGAAAGUUAGUUAAUUGUCCAAACUCUCAUCUUAAAAUCAUCAAAAUAAUUCCAGGUUUAAACAUAAUUCUUAAAGGUGAAAAAUGUUGAAAUGUGUACAAAGUGAGGCUGAUUAUUUAAAUGUAGAUUAUUAUCCUGGUUAGCAGCAUCUGGACUCAUCAGCUGGAUCAAAUACUUUGUUUCUGCUUGUUUGACUUUUUUCUUUUAUUGUCAUCAGUCAUCUUUCUACUUUGUGGCAUUUCUUCAUUUAUUGUUGAGUUCUUUUAGUCUUGAAAAUGUUUUCAUGUGAUUUUUUCCACUUGACCCUCAGAGUGUCAGUGUUCCAGUGAAUCAAACAGCUUUCUGUCUCUCAUUGAUUUUUGUUAUUUUGUUGUGCAGCAGAACUGAUUUGUUGUUGAGCGUCACAGAAGUUGUUAAUCCAACUGUCUCUGCUUGUGUCUGAAAUGAAUGAUGGAAAGUCUUGUUGCUUUCUUUUCUUGUUUUCAUUGAUUUAGUUCUUUUCUUUAGUGACAAUUUAUUGAAGAUGGAAACUCCUGCUUUUACAAUCAUGUGACUUUAGAUGGAAUUCUCCAGAAUAUUUUCUCCUGUUGUUCAAUAAAUCCUCUGAUGGUAUUGUAAUCUGA